AAUCCACUGUGUGCUGGAGCCCAAGGCUCUAGCGCCUGCGAAGGUGCGGGUAGGCAGCCCGCGCUGUCCCCGCGCUCGACGGGCGGGUGUGCUGCUGGUCGCAGGCGGCAGGCGAUUGCGAUUAACGGCUGGACCACAAGUGAUCGUCUGCCUGUCGGGCCCGCCCCGCCAUGUAGGCCGAGCCUAGCCGAGCCGAGGCGGGAAAAGAAAGAGAUAAGGCGACCAGCAGUCGCUUUCGUCGCUCUGUCUCUCUCGCACUCACGGGGUGUCCCGUCAGGGUGCGAUAGAGACAGAGCGACGGAAACAACUCUCGGAUUGAGUCCGCAGCACGCGUGGGGCCAGAUUGCAACAACGGGUGUCUCGUCAUCGUCAUUUCAUCUCCUCGUUGCCAAGGGCGGAAUCAACCUUCAGCCUCCGACUAGCGGCUAGCCGAGUUGGAUGGGACUGGGCGCUCCUUGGAAGUUUGCACGGCCUGUGGCAUGGCUGUGGCCUGGCUGUUCAGGUGCUGCUGAGCGUGCGGGCCAGCAGGCACCGCCUCAUGUCCUUGUCGGCGCGCUCCUCGGCCGUGGGGCUCGGCAACCCCAGCCUGCUCACCCUGCCGCCCGUGCUGCACUCCGCGCAGCCCCAGCCGGACGGCGACGUGUACCUCAUCAACGUCAUGGGCGCCAAGGGGGCGCUGAAUGUGGCCUACACCGCGGACAAGAAGCUGCUGACGGUGGGCGACACGGCGGGCGGCAUCCGCGUGUACAAGACGGGCAAGUCGGACGAGCUGUGCUGCCUGUCGCUGCAGCUGGCCGUGCAGGGCAGGAGCCGCAAGCACGCCGACAAGGCCGAGAAGCCCUGGGCCGGCAAGGCGGUGGCCGUCACCUGCCUGCGGCCCUGGCCCAUGCAGCCCGCCGAGCCCACGCUGCUGGCGAGCUACGCGGACGGCAAGGUUCGCCUCUGGGACGUGAUGCAUGGCGUGGUGAAGGCCGUCGUCACCGAGGACCGCCAGUGCCUGGGCAUGGCCGUGGCCCCGGACAGCAGCUGCUUCGUGACGCUGGGUGAGGACGGCGGCGUGCACCUGUACGACGCCGAGACCUUCCAGCUCGUCACCAAGAUGGAGCACAGCGGCUUCAGCGACGUGGUGGACGGCCACAAGAGCCGCACCUUCUCCGGCGCCUUCCACCCCCUGGACCCCAACUGCGUGGCCACGGGCGGCUGGGACAACCUCAUCCAGUUCUGGGACAUCCGCCUCGCCCAGUCCACGCGACACUGCGGCGACGCCCACGUCGGCGGCACCGAGUCCCUGGACUUCUCUGCCAACGGCAACGAGCUCAUGUCCUGUUCGUGGAGGAACAACGACCAGUUGCAGAUCUGGGACUCCGCCUCGGCCACGCUAAUUGAAACUUUGCGACCCGACAGGAUCAAGUCUUACCUGUACGCGGGACGGUAUUUGUCCGAAAAUAUGCUCUGCUGCGGUGGAUCCAACGCCAAUUUGUUCAGAUUAGUUCACAUAGGACAAAAGGUGACUGUGGGAACAAUCUCUGGACUGGCCCAUGGCGUCUUCAGUAUAGCUCUCGGACCGAUUGGUGCCCAGAUUCGGCCAAAUCCUUCCCUUAACAAUGGCAAAAAUCUGCUGCCCCAUAACAAAUACAAAUGUCCUAGAGUGGCAGUCUGUUCUGACAGCAAAGUAAUGGAGCUUGAAGUGUACUGAGUUAUGUGAAGUAUGAAAAGAAAUGUUAGUCAGAAAAGUACG